AUGGCCACCAACACCCUCGCCGUCGUCAGCCAGAGCGGCGAGACCCUAAACUUUUACGAUCUCACUACCGGCACAAAGACCGGACAAAUCGAGAAGCUCCGCGCAGAGCCACAUGAACUUUGCUACGACUCUCGCUCAAACCUGCUAUAUGUCACACACGCCUACGAAUGGGGGUGGUACCCUCAACACGGCGAGUUUAGCAAGGUGAUUAGUGUUGUGGACGCGCAGACAAGAGCGCUUGUCGAGGAGAUUCCAACCUAUCCAGCAUCUGGCGCACACUAUGCGAUUCUGGACGAAGCACACGAUAUCCUGUAUGCUUCGUGCGAGAAUGGGAUUGGGGAUUUCCACCACAGUGGCGGUAUUAUUGCCAUUGAUCUCAAGACGAAAAAAGUCAUCAAGGCAAUUCCAAGUGAAUGGAAAAGCCACUGGUUCGUAAUGACUCCAGACGGCAAAAGAGCAUACACUUGCAACAAAGAGGCCGGCUUUAUUUCGAUAAUCGAUCUUGUUAAUGAGAAAAUGGUUGGCAAGAUUGAUAUCCCUGGUGGGUGUGAACAGCCAGGAAUAUCACAAGAUGGGAAAUAUGCGUACUUUCCUACACCUACAAUCGGCUUUGCCUUGGCCCAAAACUCCCCAGAGUAUGCCAUCAAAGUUAUCGAUACAAGUUCAGAUCAGAUUGUGAAAUCCAUUCCACUGGAUACUGGAGCAUUGACGAUCCAUGUUGAUAAGCAAGAUAGAUUGCUUCUUGGCCAGUACUGCUUCGAAAAAAACAGCUCCGGGGUGAAACACCGAAAUGGAAGACUUCUUGUGUUGUCCCCAGAAGACUUUAAAGAGAUUUCUUCCUACCCGACAGACGUCUGCCCACUCACGGUCUUCUCGUCGCCGGACGGGAAAAGGGCGUUUGCAGCCAAUAUUUUCUCGGGGACGGUUACUGUCGUCGACCUUGAGGAUCAGAAAGUGGAGAGGACUUUGGAUGUAGACACUGUGAAGCCACACGGGAAAGGGAUGUUGCAAGGUGCGCAUGGGUUGGCUUUGAUUCCAUGA